CGAAACGGGAGGCUGUCGUGGUGGGUGUCUUGAAAGUAAUGUAAAGUCGUCAUUCUCGGUGAUUGUCACUCACCGAGAGGUUGGAGUAUUUUCCAAAUGGCUUGAGGAGAGCUGGAGAUCACGAUGUGCUCAUACGGACUUUGCAAAGGUCCGCUCGCUCUCCAAGCCACAAAGAGGACGGUUUGGCGUUUUAGAAUUUGACACGGGUGGGGUAGUAUUGGUGCACAGGAGACUUGAUUGGUUUGAAAGUCGACUUGUGGCCGGAUAUUUAUGUUAUGGUGUAGAUUAUCCCGCCUUUUGCGUGAUCGGAUGGGAGGUUGUCUCACAGCUAUCCGUAGCAAGAAUAGGGGAUUCGACCAGACCCAGAAUAGUUGUGGGUCCAGAUCAUGCCGGGAGAGGACGGAUUUCCAACUACGCUGCUUAUACGCCGCUUACCGUUUCUGAUGCCACCACUCUCAUAGCAGACCAGUUCAAAGCUCCGGCUGACAAGAAGACGGUCUAUACCACCCUCGCCAAGGCCGUCGCUUCUUCCCUCACUUCUGAUGAGAUCCUCAAGGAUAUGGAAACUUGGAAACUCAACUCUCCCUUCCCCUUCCCAGCCCCUCCCACCAACAAACCU